UUAUAACACUUCUUCAUCUUUACCAUGAAAUAUACCAUCCUCUUCACGAUUUUCUUCAGUAUGGCUAUUGCCGGACCAACCGUCUUAACAGCAGAUGACAUAUUUGGACUGGAGAAGCGAGAGUGUGGUGUGAACCUUCGUUACACCAAUGCUCAAGCCUGUCAAAACUCUGGCUGUAAACUUUGUGUUAAUGGUGUUUCUGUUUGCAACGUAAGUUGUUAAAUGGCCAACAGACGUCGGCUUUCACAGUGUGCCACUUGGUUCUCGUUGCGUGGAAUUCUGAC